UUUUAUUUUCAUUUAAAACUGUUGAAGGGGUUUUCUAGAGAGAGAAAGAAAGAGAGAGAAGAGAAGACAGUUGUAAACUGUUUUCUUGACGGAGAUUCAAAUUCUCUUUACAGAACUCCACCGCAUUUGUACAGAAGAAUCACAAAUUUACAUGUAUAAUUCUAUAUAUAUAUAACGAUAUACACAUCUAACCGAAGAUCGAUUUCUCACAACUGAUUUAUUGGAUUUCCUAAAAUAACUGAAACUCUUUCCUCGAGCAAUGAUGUUGAAUAAGAGGCUAAAUUACGAAUCUCGUGGCUAUCAGCUUCCUUUCAUACCUCGGGCUCCAAGAUCUAUUAGACGGAGGACUUCCCAGAAAAAGAAAUUGGAGGAUGGCCAAAUUUGUGCAUUUGAACUAUUAGCAACUGUUGCUGGAGAAAUGCUGCUGGAGUGUGAAAGUUCUGCAUCUAGCUUUGAGAGUGUUAAAGCUAAACAGGAAGAUUCUAAGCUUGGUAGACCUGAAUACCUAGAUCAGACUAGUUGCAUAGAGAGUGGAUCAGUCGAACAAAAAUCUCGAAAAGGCAAUACAGAGAAAAUUUCCAGUGUCAUACCUAGUGCUGUGAGUCCUGAACCUUCCAAUAAAGCUGUUAAUUAUCUGAAACUGGAGACUCUGAAAAGCCAAGUGGGAAGUAGCAGAUGCUACAGUGAUGCCCAAUUAGGUGAAGGAACCAUAGUUAAUGUAAUUAAGAAAGAGCAUAACACUAAAGACAAUAGUAAACCAGAUUUCAUAUUGGGUGGUACAAGUGUGAAUAAUAGUCCUCUGGUUAAUUCUAGCAGUAAUGUACAGUUUCCAUCAUGCUUCGAUCAUGUUCCUAAUGCUUCUUUUCUUAAGCAAGGGAACCAUGUAAAGGCAGGGCGUAGAGAUGAUGACGAAAACUCUGUUGGAUGUAAUGGGCGUAGUGUCAAGCCAAGGAUUUUUCGACCACAUUCGCGGUUCGGAUACAGAAGAAUCCGGAGGUUACUUACAUCCAAGUAUUGGAAAGUGGCUCCAAAGUUGAAGGAUUGUGACUUCUCCUUAACCAAUAAGGUACUGAAGCCUAUUUCAGCAAAUUGGAAUACUAACAUGAAUGUGAGAAGUAAGCUUGAAGGUCCUUCAAGAAAAAGGAAAUUCUAUGACCAUAGAUAUGAAUGUGAGGGUAGCAGUGAAAGUCUUUCCAAUUCAACCGAAAAGAGUAUGAAGAGAAGCAGGAAUAAUGGGUCGCAGAUAGCAAGUGGACCAUCAGCUGUUGUUAGGAGUCACCAACCAUCCUUCCAGAAAAGAGAUUCUCAUGUGAAGCUUAGCAUCAAGUCCUUCAGAGUACCAGAUCUGUAUAUUGAUGUCCCUGAAACUGCUACUGUUGGCUCACUGAAGAUGAAAGUAAUGGAGGCAGUGAGUGCAAUUCUUGAAGAUGGGUUACAUGUUGGUGUACUCCUCCAAGGGAAAAAGGUGAGAGAUGAUAAUAGAACUCUACUGCAGAGUGGUAUUUGUGGCAAUGGUGAUCUCGAUGCUCUAGGUUUUAUUUUGGAGCCUCUCUCUUCUUCCUUGGCACCUUCAUCUGUGUCGCCCAAAGAUCCACCACCAGUUCUGGUUCCAUGUGGAACAACACAUCAUGAAAUCUCUAAUGCUGCGAUUACUCAGGAAGAUGACAAGCAGAAGAAGGUUCUGUCAUCAUCCUCAUCAUCAUCUGUUAUUGAUGAAGUAAAGAAGAUUGAGGUUUGUGAGGAUUCAAAAUCAUUAGUUCCUGUGGUUGCUGCUGAAAUGGGAAUGAUGGAGGAAGCACUUGAUAUCACCCCCAUAAACCAGAAACUUGCUAGACGAUCUGAAAUAGUUCAGCCACGUAGAACUCGAAGACCUUUCACUGUCACAGAGGUAGAAUCAUUGGUUGAAGCUGUUGAGAAACUUGGAACUGGAAGGUGGCGAGAUGUUAAAAUGUCUGCGUUUGAGUAUGCAGAAUAUCGAACAUACGUGGAUCUAAAGGACAAAUGGAAAACAUUGGUUCACACAGCGAGCAUUUCUCCGCAGCAAAGAAGAGGGGAGCCGGUUCCACAAGAGCUAUUGGAUAGGGUUCAAGCUGCUCAUGCAUAUUGGUCCCUUAAUCAAUCUAGGCCACACAUCAUCAAAAACCAACAGCAUUUCAUCGUCGAAACCUAGGAAAAAAUUGAUUUCAAAAUCAAAUUUUAAUAAAAAACAGUGUUCAACUUGUACAUGGACAAUCCAAAUAAAAAUAUUUGAGUCUUUCUAACCACCCCUUCUACUACUGGUUAUGAUGACUUUGACAGUUGGUGUUACAUUUUUACCAUUUGUUUUUUUUUUUAUCACUUUUUUAUGAUGAAAGCUCCUUGUAAGGAGAA